GAACGAUCGAGUCGGAAACCGUCAGUUCUUUCACGCGAUCACUCGAAGAUCCACGGCACUGGACGAGGAAGCCGGUGAACCUCGCGAACUCUUUUCGAUCGACCAUUCGACGUCGUAUCCACUAGCUCGGCCAAUAUCAAGUGUGUCGCUAUGAAGCCGAAGAAAUUGGGCAUCAUCGGUGGCUCUUUACUCGCCUUUGGAGUUGUGUUCUGCGCGAUCGUGUUCCCCCCGUUUCUCAAAUCGCAGAUCAAAAAGCAAAUAGCCCUGAAACCCAAAUCCGAGAUGCGAGAACUAUGGUCACAUUUCCCUCUUCCAUUGGACUUCAAAAUUUAUCUGUUCAACGUGACGAAUCCAGCGGAAAUCAGCGCAGGAGAGAAACCAAUUGUCCAGGAAGUGGGACCAUUUUUCUACGACGAAUACAAGCACAAAGAAAAUCUGGUUGAUCGAGAAGAAGACGACAGUGUCGAGUACAACUUGAGAAAUGUAUGGUUCUUCAAUCCGUCGUUAAGCAGCCCGUUAACCGGCGAGGAAGAACUGGUGGUUCCUCACCUCCUUAUUCUCAGCAUGAUCAAACUCACUCUCGAGCAGCAACCAGGAGCGAUAGGAAUUUUGAAUAAGGCUGUGGAUAACAUCUUCCACAAACCUAGUAGCGUCUUCGUAAGGGCGAAAGCAAGAGAGAUACUCUUCGAUGGUUUACCUAUCGACUGCACUGGGAAAGAUUUCGCCUCGACUGCAAUUUGCACUGCACUGAAGGAAAAGGAAGACGCUUUGAUGCCUGGUGUUGAACCUGGACACUAUUUGUUCUCCGUUUUUGGUCCUAAAAACGGAACCAUUCUUCCUGACCGUAUACGAGUACUACGGGGGAUAAAGAAUUACAAAGACGUGGGGAAAGUGGUCGAACUCAACGGACAGAAAAUGUUGGAUCUUUGGGCUGGGGAUGAAUGCAAUACGUUCAAUGGCACGGAUUCGACGAUAUUCGCGCCAUUGCUCACGGAAGAGGACGAUAUCGUGUCGUUUUCACCGGAUAUCUGUAGAAGCUUGGGUGCACACUUUUCUCACAAGACCAAAAUCAAAGGUGUCAACACGUUUCACUAUACAGCUGAUUUGGGCGAUAUGAGUAAAAAUCCUAUGGAAAAGUGUUUCUGUCCUACGCCAGACACUUGUUUGACGAAAAAUCUCUUCGACUUGACCAAGUGUGUAGGUGCCCCCUUUGUUGCUUCUUUACCACAUUUACUUGGAUCAGAAGAAAAAUACUUGAAAAUGGUUGACGGACUUCAUCCAAAUGAUGAAGAGCACGGACUUCACAUGGAUUUUGAACCGAUGACAGCCACACCUUUACUCGCGCACAAGAGGCUGCAAUUUAACAUGUUCCUUCACAAGGUCGAAAAAUUCAAGUUGAUGAAAAACUUCCCAGAAUGUUUGUUCCCUAUGUUCUGGGUCGAGGAGGGUAUAUUGCUCCCCGACGAAUUUGUGAAGAAGCUAAAGACCGUCUUCAAAACAAUAAGCAUAGUCGGAUUUAUGAAGUGGUUGACGAUAAUAAGCGGCACUUGCGUAAGCGGAGCAGCCGCCACAAUGUUCUUCAAGAACAAGGACAAAGGUUCGAUGGACGUGACUAAGGUAACACCGCAGUCGCAGAGUGGGAAGGACGGUGAAAAGAAAUGGACUAAUCAGAUGAACAUCAGUACGAUACAGAGUGCAGCGGUACCGCCUAAUCUCGACGGGAAUUAAACUGAUCGAAAGUCACUGUUGACUUCGUAUUUUGUUUAACAUGUACUUUGGUGAAAGUAUUUCGAAUGAUUGUAAGCGGGAGAAUGUUGUCCAUAAUCGUCGUAAUUUGACACUGAUAAUAGGAUCGCGUUUUCUUAGGUCUCGCGUUCAGAGGAUGAUCCUUUUCAGUAUUUCAUUCUUUUGGAAAUUUCUGUUCUUUUUUUAGAAAACUGGCGAACCGAGCUUGUACACUUUGAGACAAAAGAAGAUUCUGUCUUUAGACUAUUAACUGCAAGAGUUUAAUUAUUUAUAAAAAAAAACUUUUAGCAGCAUUGUGUUUAGAAUAAUUUUUAUUUGCUUUGUUUAACGAUUAAUUCUGUGUGUAAUUCUAUACUGCAUGGAAUUAAAUUGACAUUGAAAUUUGCACGUAACUUAAAUAAUAAAAUUCAAAUGACUACAAGUAGUUAAUUUGAUUGGUGUAGUGAAAAUUUCAGAUUGUUCAACAAAAAUUUACAUUCUUAAAA